AAUUUGAAAGUGAUCCGGAAACGAGGCGGUUUGCGGGGUAGAAAUGAGUGUGUGAGGAGCCGGGGUUAGUUUAAUAUCAGCCAGGAGGUUUUGUUUUAGUUUAUUCAGCGCAGCGGGGCUCAGAAAUGUUGAAGUUUAAGUAUGGAGGAAGUAGCGUUAAAGAUUUGGCCUCAGUGGAUCCCAUCACGAGCCGCUGCUCACGACUUAACCAGCUACUACAGGGGAAGAGCAGUGUGUAUGGUUCCACUGGGGGAGCUGGAUUUACGAGGGAGAGUCUGCUGGAUGCUCUGUUGCUGCUCUAUCAAGAGUGCAGCUCUCCAGAGCUCAUGAAAAUCAAACACGUGGCUAACUUUGUUCGCAAAUUCUCGGACGUGGUGACUGAACUAGAGCAACUGCAGCCUGGUAAGAGGGAUUUUGAAGUGAGGGGAGUUGUCGGUCGCGGACGCUUUGCUGAGGUGCAGGUGGUGAAGGAGAAGGCCACAGGGGACGUGUAUGCCAUGAAGGUCAUGGACAAAAACUGGCUUCGUUCUCAGGACAAUGUGGCGUUUUAUGAGGAGGAGCGAUCCAUUCUGACUCUCAGCAGCAGCCCUUGGAUUCCACAGCUCCAGCAUGCCUUUCAGGACCAGGAUAAUGUCUACCUGGUGAUGGAAUACCUGCCGGGAGGCGACCUCAUGGCUCUGCUAAACAGAUACGAGGAUCAGUUUGACGAGUCCAUGGCUCAGUUUUACCUGGCUGAGCUGGUGCAGGCCAUCCACACAGUGCAUCAGAUGGGAUACGUGCACAGAGAUGUGAAACCAGAGAACGUUCUUAUUGACCGUACGGGACACAUUAAGCUGGCGGACUUUGGCUCUGCUGCUAAGCUGACUGCAAAUAAAACGGUGGGCUCCUCUAGGCUUCCAGUGGGCACUCAGGACUUCUUGGCUCCAGAGGUUCUUUCGUCCCUGAGCGGAGGCCCUCAGUGCAGUUAUGGUCUUGAGUGUGAUUGGUGGUCUCUGGGGGUUAUAGCUUACGAGAUGGUCUACAUGAAGUCACCUUUCACUGACGGCACUUCAGCCAAAACCAUAAACAACAUCAUGAACUUUCAGCGCUAUCUGAAGUUCCCUGAGGAACCCAAGGCCAGCUCGCAAUUUGUAGACCUUGUGCAGAGUUUGCUGUGUGGGCCGCGGGAUCGGCUGGGCUAUGAAGGGCUGCGUUCUCACCCUUUCUUCUCCGGCGUGGACUGGAAUGUCCUCAGGCACACCGUCCCUCCCUUCGUUCCCUCGCUCCGUGCCGAAGAUGACACGUCCAAUUUCGAGGAGCCGGACCGGGCCCCCCGGCCCGCAGCCCAGCCGCAGCUCCAGCGCCCCCCGGGCUUCCAGGGACAGGACCUGCCCUUUCUAGGCUGGUUCUUCAGCCGGGCGCUAACAGCACUGGCCAGAUCGGAAUCAGUGGCGGCAGGCCUCAACUCUCCUGCCAAGACCAACUCCAUGGAAAAAAAACUGCACCUCAAAAGCAAAGAACUUCAAGACACCCAAGACAAAUGUCACAAGAUGGAGCAGGAGAUCUCACGCUUCCAGCGUAAGAUGACGGACCUGGAGUCAGUGCUCCAGCAGAAGGAUGUGGAGCUCAAAGCCUCUGAGACGCAGAGGAGCAUCCUGGAGCAGGACCUCGCCACCUACAUCACCGAGUGCAGCAGUUUGAAACGCAGCUUGGAGCAGGCUCGCGUGGAAGUCUCUCAGGAGGAUGACAAGGCUCUGCAGCUGCUCCACGACAUCCGUGAACAGAGUAACAAGCUGCAGGAGAUUAAAGAGCAGGAGUACCAUGCUCAGCUGGAGGAGAUGCAGGUGACCAUCAGACAGUUGGAGGAGGACCUGUCGGCCGCCCGCCGGCGCAGCGACCUGUACGAGGCCGAGCUCCGAGAUUCACGCCAGACCAGCGAGGAGCUCAAGAGGAAAGCUGCAGACUAUCAGCACAGGAUUCAGAAGGCAAAAGAACAAGGCAAGUCUGAAGCAGAGGAGCUGCUCACCAAACUGGAGAAGACCAAUGCGGAGCAGCAGCUGAAGAUCCAGGAGCUGCAGGAUAAGCUGUCUAAGGCGGUGAAGGCCAGCACAGAGGCCACCGAGCUGCUGCAGAACAUCCGUCAGGCCAAAGAGCGACUGGAGCGCGACCUGGAGCGACUGCGCAGCAAAACCGACCCCAGCGACACGUUACGCAGACGCCUGCGCGAGACUGAGGAGGGCAGGAAGACUCUGGAGAAUCAGGUGAAAAGGCUAGAGAUGGUCGAGCGCCGGGAGAAUAAACUGAAAGAUGACAUUCAGACCAAAUCCCAGCAGAUCCAGCAGAUGGCCGAGAAGAUCCUGGAGCUGGAGGACAACCUAAGGGAGACCCAGGCCACAGCCCAGAGGAUGGAGGCCCACCUAGUUCAGAAGGAAAGACUAUACGAGGACAAGAUCAAGAUACUGGAGGCGCAGAUGAAAGCAGACAUGGCUGAUAAGGACGUUUUGGAGGCCAAACGAGCCCAGCAUGAAGAGGAGGUGCGGGAGAAGGGCAAACUCCUCAGCGAACAGAAAGCUACCAUCAAUGCCAUGGAGAAUAAGAUGAAGAGUCUGGAGCAGCGUAUCGCUGAGCUCUCUGAGGCCAACAAGCUGGCAGCCAACAGCAGCAUCUACACCCAGAAAAACAUGAAAGCCCAGGAAGAGAUGAUCUCAGAGCUGCGUCAGCAGAAGUUCUACCUGGAGUCCCAGGCAGGGAAGCUGGAGGCUCAGAAUGCCAAACUGGAGGAACACCUGGAGAAGAUGAGUCAACAGGAACAGAGCAAGAAGAGCCGUCUGAUAGAGCUGGAGACCAGACUCCGAGAGAUGGGUCUGGAGCACGAGGAGCAGAAGCUGGAGCUGAAGCGGCAGGUGACGGAGCUGACGCUGUCUCUGCAGGAGAGAGAGUCUCAGAUUAGCAGCCUGCAGGCCGCACGCCACGCUCUGGAGAGCCAACUACAGCAAGCCAAGACUGAACUGGAGGAGACCACCGCAGAGGCCGAGGAGGAGAUUACUGCUCUCAGAGCUCACAGAGAUGAGAUUCAGCGCAAGUUUGAUGCCUUGAGGGACAGCUGCUCGGUCAUCACAGACCUGGAGGAGCAGCUGACCCAGCUGACCCAGGAGAACGCCGAGCUGAACCGACAGAACUUCUACCUGUCCAAGCAGCUGGACGAGGUGACGGACGAGAGCGAGGAGAGACUGCAGCUCAGCCAGGACGUGGACCGCCUGCGCCGGGAGGUGGCUGACAGGGAGAUGCAUCUCAACAACCAGAAGCAGAACAUCGAGACGCUGAAGACGACGUGCAGCAUGCUGGAGGAGCAGGUGGUGGAGCUGGAGACGCUGAAUGAUGAGCUGCUGGAGAAGGAGCGGCAGUGGGAGGGCUGGCGGGCCGCCCUGGAGGACGAGAAGGAACAGGCGGAGCGCCGAGCUCGCGACCUGCAGCGUCUGCUCGAUAACGAGAAGCAGAACCGGCUCCGGGCCGACCAGCGCAGCAGCGAGUCCCGGCAGGCCGUGGAGCUGGCCGUCCGAGAGCACAAGGCCGAAAUCCUCGCUCUGCAACAGGCUCUCAAAGAGCAGAGGCUCAAGGCUGAGAGCCUGUCCGACACCCUGAAUGAUCUGGAGAAGAAACACGCAAUGCUGGAGAUGAACGCUCGCAGCCUUCAGCAGAAACUGGAGACGGAGAGAGAGCUCAAACAGAGGCUGAUGGAGGAGCAAGGGAAGCUGCAGCAGCAGAUGGACCUGCAGAAGACUCACAUUUUCAGACUGACGCAGGGCCUGCAGGACGCACUGGACCAGACUGACCUUCUAAAGACUGAGAGAACAGACCUGGAAUACCAGCUAGAGAACAUACAGGCCGUGUACUCUCACGAGAAGGUGAAGAUGGAGGGCACUAUCUCUCAGCAGACCAAACUCAUCGACUUCCUUCAGGCCAAGAUGGACCAGCCCACCAAGAAAAAGAAGGGUAUUUUUGGGCGUCGGCGGGACGAGCUGGGGGCUAGUGCUAACGGGGCGGGGGCAGCAGCAGUGGCAGUGGCUCCGAGUCAGCCGGCGGUGCCCAUGCAGUACAGUGACAUGAAGACAGCGCUGGAGAAAGAGAGGGCACGCUGCUCUGAGCUGGAGGAGGCUCUGCAGAAGAUGAGGAUAGAACUACGCUCGCUACGAGAGGAGGCAGCUCAUUUUAAGGCACAGGAGCACGUAGCCCCCUCCACUCCAGCCUCAGCCCGACACCAGAUCCUCAUGUCAGCCAUCGUUAAAUCACCCGAACGGCAGCCCAACCCCAGCAGCCUGCUGAACCCGGCCAGCUCCGCCCGCCGUAAAGAAACCUCCACACCUGAAGAGAAGAGGAGAGUAACAUUUGAAAAGUACAGUCGGCGUGUGAAGGAGAGGAUGCACCACAACAUUCCUCACCGCUUUACUGUGGGGCUCAAUAUGAGAGCAGCUAAGUGUGCUGUGUGUCUGGAUACUGUGCACUUUGGCCGACAGGCUGCAACCUGCCUGGAAUGUCAUACGCUGUGCCAUCCUAAGUGUUCGCCCUGUCUCCCGGCGACGUGUGGCCUGCCUCCAGAGUAUGCCACCCACUUCUCAGAGGCUCUGUGCAGAGACAAGGCCAACUCUCCAGCUCUGCAGGUCAAAGAGGCCUCGGGCCACGUUCGCCUGGAGGGCUGGAUGAAGCAGCCCAGGAAUGGCAAGCGUGGUCAGCAGGGCUGGGAGAGCAAGUAUGUAGUGCUGGACGGAACCAAAGUGUCCAUCUAUGAGUCUGAACCCAGAGAAGAUUCAGUGAAGCCGCUGGAGGAGUUUGAGCUCUGUUUGCCGGAUGGUGAGGUGACGGUGCAUGGAGCUGUUGGUGCCUCAGAGCUCAUCAACACUGCCAAGUCAGAUAUCCCAUAUGUGCUGAAGCUGGAGUCUCACCCUCACACUACGUGUUGGCCUGGUCAGUCUCUCUACUUCAUGGCUCCCAGUUUCCCUGAUAAGCAGCGCUGGGUGGCUGUUCUGGAGUCAGUGGUGGCUGGCAGCAGGGGCUCACGAGACAAGGCCGAGUCUGAAGCGGCAGGUGUAGCUAAACGACAGAAGAAUCUCUCUCCACUGGUGCAGAAACUAUUGGGGAACUCUUUGCUGAAGCUGGAGGGUGAUGAUCGCUUGGAUAUCAACUGUACUUUACCCCUCACUGAUCAGAUUGUAAUGGUGGGUUCGGAGGAGGGGCUGUACGCUCUGAAUGUGAUAAAGAACUCUCUGACUCACAUCCCCGGCCUCACCUCCGUCUUCCAGAUCCAGAUUCUCAAAGAACUCGACAAAUUGCUAAUGAUCACAGGAGAGGAGCGUGCUCUCUGUCUGGUGGAGAUUAAGAGAGUGAAGCAGUCUCUGUCUCAGUCUCAUCUGCCUGCUCAGCCUGAGCUCAACCCUUACAUCUUUGAGGCAGUGAAGGGGUGCCACCUAUUCGCAUCUGGCAAGAUUGAGAAUGGGAUGUGCAUCUGUGCUGCGAUGCCCAAUAAGAUCACAAUCCUGCGCUACAAUGAAAGCCUCAGCAAAUUCUGCAUCAGGAAGGAGAUCGAGACCUCAGAACCCUGCAGCUGCAUCCACUUCACAGGCUACAGCAUCAUCAUCGGCACCAACAAGUUCUACGAGAUCGAGAUGAAGCAGUAUGUGCUGGAGGAGUUCCUGGAUAAGAACGACGUGACUCUGGCCUCAGCUGUGUUCGCCGCCUCCUCUCACAGCUUCCCCAUCUCCAUCAUCCAGGUCUCCUGUGCCCCUCAGAAGGACGAGUACCUGCUCUGUUUCCAUGAGUUUGGAGUGUUUGUGGACGCGUACGGCCGCAGGAGUCGCAGCGAUGACAUAAAAUGGAGCCGACUGCCUCUGUCCUUUGCCUACAGAGAACCCUACCUGUUUGUGACUUACUUCAACUCUUUGGAUGUGAUCGAGGUCCAGAGCCACUCUGCACUGGGGCCUCACUCCUAUGCUCACCUGGACAUCCCUAACCCACGCUACCUGGGUCCUGCCAUUUCAUCCGGCGCCGUCUACCUGGCCUCUUCCUACCAGAACAAGCUGAGGGUCAUCUGCUGCAAGGGGAACCUAGUGCAGGAGGGCUCCACCUCCGAGCAGCAGAGAAACGGCUCCACCCGCAGCAGCCCUAACAAGCGCGGCCCACCUUCCUACAAUGAGCACAUCUCUAAGCGGCUGGCGGCCGGACCCUCGUCACAGGAGAGCUUACACCAGCCCGGGACGCCCCACCGGUACCGUGAGGCCCGCACCGAGUUCCGCAGGGACAAGUCGCCCUCACGCCCCCUGGAGAGAGAGAAGUCUCCGGGCCGGCUGGUGGAGCAGAGGCUGGACCGGUCCCCUGGCAGAGCCAUGGACCCCCGCCUGGACCGCUCCCCCGGGAGAGUGAUGGACUUACGGAGAGAGAGGUCACCCGGCCGGGCGUUCGAGGAGCCCCGCCAGAGGCUGCACACUGGCUCAGCACGCACGCCCAUCAAUGGGGUUAACAAGGUAUGGGAUCAAUCAUCAGUGUGAGGCAAUCAGAAGAGAGAAACAAACCCUGCACACUCCUGGACAGUUAAUGUAAUAAGAAGUACAUAGUAAGUCAUGUGACCUGGUCCACUAACCCUCGGUAGAGCAGAGAGGCAACCAACCAGUGAAACCCCUGCACAGCAUUAGCAGCCACAGCACAAUCUCUCACUGUAGACGGCCUUACUGAUAAUAGAACAUCGAUUAGCUCAUUAACGCCCAUCUGGCCAGCAGUGUGUAGUCCUACUAACACUUCUAAACUACCUGGGAACGGUGGCUCGGUUACAUGAUCCCACAUUCCUGGUUUGAUGUGGAAAACUGGAUGUAGGAUAUAUUCCAGCGUUCCGCAUCAGCUGUCUGUACUUUAUGAACGGAGGAAGAUGACGUAUUCGCCUCUUUACUCUUCUUUACUCUUUUUUCUGUUUGUCUGUCUGAUUUAUCUGUCCUUUUUCUUCCCCCUUUUUUCUUCUUCUUUUUUUUCGUUUUUUCAACCUGAAUCAGGUUUUCUGAAAGUGAUGUGGCACGAAGAUCAUCUUGAGAUGGUGAAGGAAGGUGGAGCGAGAGCAUCAGUAUUAACGCUUUCUCUCCUCUUCUUUUUCUCUCUGAUCUUGCAGAUGAUCUUUAAAAAACACCACAAUGCUUUUGGUAAAAGCCAGGUUCUGCACAUCUGAUGUAUCUGUCUCUCUUUAUCUUUCUCUCUCUCUCUUUUUAAGUCUUUUUUCAUGUCUCUCUCCGUCCUACUCUCUCUCUUUCUCUCUCUGCACUACCCACAAUGUCCGUCCAACAGCCUGCUGGCCCUGUUACAAGAACAGGGACUUUGUAAUACUUCAGGAUGUCUUUGUAUAUAAGCUGAUGUUUCUUUCUUCCUAUCUUUCUUUCUCUUCUUUUUUUUUUUUUUUAAAACACUAUAAAAGGGAAUACUAAGGCUGGUUAAGCCGUGUCUAUUUUUGUUAACGAAAAGAAAAGCGAGACGCUCGUUUGUAAAAUCGCGUUCUUGAAUGUCUAAAACAAAAUAAAUAAAAAAAUAACGCUAAAUAUGAGGACCACGUACGAUGUCCACGCGUUCUGCUUCGAAGUGCAACAUUUCGCUCGGAAUCCGGCUGGUGUAUGUGAUCAUCCCGUCUUAAAAGCGACGUCUGCGUAUCGGUCGGCUACGGAAUCGUAUAAAUUGAGCAUAUUUCUACCAUGUUUUGCUACCAUAAGAGCUCCAUCCUGUAAGCUGUAAGAUAUGUAUCUAUAGAGUGUUUAACUGUUUACUUUCAGUUCGUUUCGUUAGUUUUGUUUGGUUCUCGGAGCUCCAGAAGAAGAUUAAGCAUUACGACAAGGAUUGUUAGCUUUUUAUAUACAGUAUAUAUGUAUAUGUGGCACAGGAAAAUGCAACGAAUGGCGGCAGCUCCCCUACCGAGGUGCCCGUCGUGCUUGGACGGUCCUGGCUGCAUCGCUCGAGCCAGCGCGACCACUGACCCUCAGGAUCAGAAUGAAUGACUAGCAGAAAUAUGAACAGAGUAGUAUUUCUAUUGGAAUGAAUGGUCUACUGAAGUGCCAUGUACAACGAGUGGCCUGCAGAAUAUUACGAUUUCUCCAUAGUGACUUUCUCAGUGAUACCGUUCCAACAGUGCUGGGUCAAACACCAAACACACACACACACACUAUGAUAGCCAUUCGUGCAGUGCAGUCUCACUCUGUAGCAUGUAAAACUAUGUGAGGAAGAAAAUAAAAAAAAGACAAAAACAAACAAAAAAAAGAACAAACCAUAUCGGUCAUUCGUUACGUUUCUGCCUCUCGUUUCCUUUCCUCUCCUCGUCAUUUGACGCACUUCCUCUUUUGUGCUCUUAACGCUGAUGUCUGACUACUGCUGACCAGAGAACUAGCUUUCCUUGUAGUCUUUUUUUAAAUGUCAAAUCACAUCAACUAUAACUACUAUUAAAAGAAGCUCUAUCUUU